AUGCAAUCAGCCUCUUACAGUUUUCCUAUUUUAUUUAAUUUUAUCAUCGUUUCUAAGUUUGAGGUGUUCCUGAUACAAAAGAGCAAUCGUCUUCCACCGAUCCACGGAAUCAGAAUAACUUCUGCAACAAUCACAGCCGGAAUAACCAUUAUUGGAGUGGCAGUGAACUUUGCAUUGGACUGGCAAAGAAGUGUGCAAACGCAAGCCGAGAUGAAAAAAUCGAAGGAGAUCAUUGCGGAAAAUUCGAAUAUCACUUUUGGCCUGACCAAACAGCAAGAUUACCAUACUGAAGCGUCAGAAGAAGACCUCAAACCAGCAACCGUGUUCAAGGGUUUGGAUCCAUUGAUGAUAAAUGUCUGCUCUGAUUGUCGUGCCUUCAACGCCAAACGUGAAACACAAGAAGUGUCACCCGGAAUGGUCCAACUACCUCUGGCACUCUGUUUGAUCUGCAGGGCCCAUUUUGUCAGAUCCAGAAAAUUUUACGAGUACGAUGUUGUAUUGAUCAAAAAGAAACUGGAAGACCAACGAAUAGUUGCCUGUUUCUUUUUUCACAUUUUAAUUUUGCAAAAUAAAUUUCAUAUUGUGAAAUCUGUGAUAUUUAAGUCUAAGAAUAAAUUUUAA